AAGUUCAUAGUCCACCACGCUCACUCUAUGCCGCGAGGUAUUUGCAUCUCGUACAUGAAGCGAUCCUACCUCACGUUCCACCUUUAUCACCCGCCAACUGAGAACGCUUUCUUGCAAAAUGGACGAUUUCAAAGUGAUUAACUUCGCCCCUGGCCCUGCUAAAUUACCAGAAGUUGUCUUAAAGAAAGCCCAGGAGGAAUUUCUGAAUUAUGGAAAUCUUGGAAUCAGUGUCAUGGAGAUGAGCCACAGAUCAGGAGAGUUUGCAAAAAUUAUUAAUGAUGCAGAGAAUGACCUCCGAGAAUUGCUGCAUAUCCCAGACAACUACAAGGUCCUCUUCAUGCAAGGCGGUGGGACAGGGCAGUUCUCAGCAGUGCCUCUGAAUAUUAUGAAAGAAGGGGGUUCUGCAGACUACAUAGUAACUGGAGCAUGGUCAGCAAAAGCAGUAAAAGAGGCAGAAAAGUAUGGGAAAGUUAACCUUGUUCUCCCUAAAACAAGCACAUAUGAUAGCAUUCCAGACCCCAGCCAAUGGACGCUUAACCCAGAUGCUUCAUAUGUGUACUAUUGCGAAAAUGAGACAGUCCAUGGAGUGGAGUUUGACUUUGUCCCAGAGACAAAUGGGGUUCCCUUGGUGUGUGAUAUGUCUUCUAACAUUCUCUCAAGACACUUUGAUGUAGACAAGUUUGGAAUAAUCUAUGCUGGAGCUCAAAAGAACAUUGGAUGUGCUGGUGUCACAAUAGUUAUUGUGCGAGAGGAUCUCAUUGGUCACGCUUCCCCCUUGUGUCCUGCAGUCUUUGAUUACAAGAUUCAAGCUGGACAAAACUCCUUAUACAACACUCCACCUACAUAUGGCAUCUACAUCAUGGGUUUGGUCUUCAAAUGGCUAAAGAGCCUGGGAGGAGUGGAAGAGAUGGAGAGGCGGAGUAUAAUCAAGUCGACUAUGAUCUAUGAUGUGAUGGAUAAUUCAAAUGGCUUUUACUGGGGCCAAGUCAAGAAAGAGGCGCGGUCACGCAUGAAUGUAGUUUUGAGAAUUGGGGGACCCGAUGGCAACCAAGACUUGGAAAAGAAAUUUGUGGAGGAGGCUGCAACCAAGGGAAUGAUACAGCUGAAAGGACACAGGUCUGUUGGGGGAAUCCGAAUUUCACUGUACAAUGCAAUCCAUCUAGAGGAAGUAGAAAAACUGGUCAAAUUUAUGGUCAAAUUCCAAGAGACAAACUCUGCAUAACUGCAAAAUGAAUGGUAUAUACAAGUGAAUAUGCCAACAGCAGAAAAGAUGACAACAUACAUGCAUCGAUUGAUUGCAUUGAUUUUAAGUCCUGUAUGCUAUAUUAGGCAUGACCAGACAACACUGUAUAAUCAGAGCUAUUUUCAUUGUAAUAUUUUAUAGUAUGUACCUAGCAUACCAUAGACAUUUCUAUUUAAUAUAGAGCAUGUAAGCAAAAUGCAAUAAUUAGUUAUUACUUCCAUGCUGUACAAAACAUUUUUUUAAAUUUUUAUUAUGCCACAUUGUAAAGUCUGUGACUUCAGUAUUUAUUUCACGUUCCAAUAAUUGCUUUACAUAUGACACUCACAUACAAGUGAACCAUAAACUGCUUAACCCCAAAGACUUUUUUCUACACCUGUACAUAUUCAUAGAUCUUAGCAAAUAAAAUUGACAGCCAAUAUACCCAGAACAAAAAUUUUUGCUGUGUGUCCCCUAUAUGGCACAUUAACGACUAAUACAGACUUUGUUGUGUUGUACAUAGAUGUAUUAUUUAGGCUAUUAUUGUAUAGAAAUUAGUGUAUUUUGAGUUAUAUAGAAAAAGUAUAUCUUUUAUUAAAUCCCAACUGGUAUUUGA